AUGUGGAAGGACGAAGGAUUCGGCAUUCCCAAUAAAGCACUUAUGCGACUCCUCCCUCGAGACGCAACGUAUACGCCGGGCGACCAACGAGCUUUUCUUUCGCAAUUUACCGUGUGGACAGAGGACUUCCAACGCGAGCUUACAAUCGAUGAGUUCCCCAUCGUAGAGCUCUGCCGUACACGACAGAAACUCGAAAAACGGCGAUUAGGUCUGCGCCAACCUGUCACCGGUACGCGCCUGGUUUUUGAAGUAAUCAGCGAGCCUGUCAUUCAUGAUGAGACUGGGGAGUUUUUGGGUGGUAUCGUCAUCUUUAAGGACAUCACCGAAUUCACAAAGCAGAUUGCGGCGCAAAUCGAGGAGAACGAGAAACAGUUUGAAUAUAUUGCCAACUUCAUGCCCGUCAUGGUUUGGACGACCACUCCGAACGGAUUACACGACUGGUUUUCCCAACGUUGGUACGAUUACACGGGGUUGACCGAAGAUCAGAGCCUGGGCGAGGGCUGGCGCCUCCCUUUCCAUCCCGAUGAUAUGACAGCUACGAAAUCACGAUGGUUCCACUCGCUUGCAACCGGAGACGAAUACAACACAGAGUAUAGAUGUCAACGAUUUGACGGUGAAUGGCGGUGGAUGCUGGGACGAGCACUUCCCUUCUUCGAUGAUGACGGUAAAAUAGUCAAGUGGUUUGGCACCUGUACCGACAUUCAUGACUUGGUAAUGGCUCGCCAAGAAGCAAGGCGUACAAGAGAGCAAUUGCAGCAAGUAAUUGCCCACGCAAAGAUAUUGCUAUGGGCUGUCAACCGAGACAAUAGGCUGGUUCUACUGGAGGGUGACACAAAGUGGAGAAGAGACGGCGAAAACACAGAGCUCUUAGGAAACGACAUAUAUGACGUCUUUGGUUUCACUGGUGCUGACCGAGAUCGCUGGCGGGAGCCAAUACAGGAAAUUCUGAAUGGCAAACAACAAGACGAGAUUGUGGAGCGUUAUAUGUCCGAGAAUCGAUAUUUCCGAACUCGCCUCGUCCCUCUUCUGAAUGCUUCGAGGAUCGCGGGUGCGGAAGGAACUGCGUACGUGGACGGUGUUAUUGGGGUGUCGAUGGACAUUACAGAAUUACGCGAACGAGAAGACCAAUUGAGGGAACAAGAGAAGGAGAAUGAAAGACUUUUAGCGAACGCGGCAGCUGCCAAAGAAGCAAGUCGGAUGAAGUCACAAUUUUUGGCCAACAUGUCUCACGAAAUCCGCACGCCAAUCGCCGGAGUUAUAGGUAUGAGCGAGCUUCUGUCUGAUAUGAACCUGGAUGAAGAACAGAAGGAAUGCGCAGAGAACAUCCACCGCUCCGCAAACAGCCUUCUGACCGUCAUUAACGACAUUCUCGACUUUUCCAAAGUGGAAUCUGGACGCUUGGAUGUGGAAGAGGUGCAAUUCAGCUUGAGCGUCGUACUUCGAGACGUGAACAAGAUGAUGUCGUUUGCAGCACAGAGGAAGGGUCUUGUAUACCAAAGCACCAUCCAGGACGAAGUUGAACAAGACUUGCGGGUUAUGGGCGAUCCUGGCAGGCUGCGACAGAUAUUGACGAACGUUCUCACAAACAGUAUCAAGUUCACUUCCGAGGGUUCUGUCAAGCUCUCAGUAUCAAUCAGCCAGGAAACAAACGAUUCCGUCACAGUCAACUUUAGUGUUAUCGAUACGGGCAUCGGUAUUGAGGAAGAGGUUCGGAAGCGACUGUUCCAACCGUUCAGUCAGGCGGAUUCAUCCACAGCACGUCGUUUUGGCGGGACAGGACUGGGACUGACCAUCAGCAAGAAUCUCGUUGAACUUAUGAAGGGUCAAAUUUGGCUGGACUCUAAAUUGGGUCAAGGUACCACAGCGACGUUCUGGAUACCAUUCAGCAGGGCCCCCUCUCAGGACGAUGGUUCACCUUUGUCGUUUCCAAUGAUCAACCAAAACAUCCCGGACCAUCUGAUGAAUCUCUCGGAGAGCGAACGACAGCAGGUACAUAUUCUCGUUGUGGAAGACAAUCAAAUCAAUCAACAGAUUGCUUUGAAGACAAUCAAGAAGCUGCACUUCUCUGUUGGUGCUGUUUGGAACGGUCAAGAGGCGUUAGAUUAUUUGAUGCAGGAUUUUGUGGUCACUGACAACAUCUGGUUGCAGAUGCCUAUUCGAGACGGUUACAGCGCAACGCACGCAAUCCGGACCGAGGCCCCUUGGAAGGACAGGCCCGAAAUUCGGAGCGUGCCAAUUGUUGCCAUGACGGCCAGUGCAAUUCAAGGUGACAAGGAGAAGUGUCAGCUCGCUGGCAUGGACGACUAUCUAGCGAAGCCAGUGAAGGGCAAGCUCUUGGAGAAGGUAAGUCUUACUCAACCCCACAGUAUUCUCACAUCUGACUUGUACCAGAUGCUUGUCAAGUGGGCAAUUGAGGGACGGCGAAAAACGGCCAGAGCCAAAUUAUCUACAAACGACAGUGAUCGGCAUGGAGGCGCGGCCACAUUCCCCACAAGAAACCGUCGUGGUAAAGAUCGACCCCAAAUUGCAGGCUCACCGGUUGAACCUGAAACGACGGCGCACGCAUUGACCGCUCAACUUGACCGACUCCAUUUCGAAAACGACACAGCUCUUGCACGGUCGUGUGAGACUGAUGGUGACCGGGCUCUGAGACGGAUUCAGGCCGAAGAAAGAGACACGAUGCUUCGUGAUGACAAGUUGCUCUCGCUGACAGGCCCGGACCUGCUACGUCACGACAAUCUCCAGAGUGUCAAGGAUGCUGAAGCUCCGAUGCCUCUGACAGAGGAAAACAUCGAGAAGCUCGUCCAUGGGCAGGAUACUACAGGAACUGCACGGAAGCGCUCCUCCGGGGGAUACGACUCAAACAGGGUCGAUUUGAUGACUCCUUCCGCAUUCAAGGGCAUGUAA